UGACUCGGUUUCGCUUUUGCUCUCUCGCUUUUUCUCUCUUUUCCGGUGUACUCGGCCAUUUGUAAGCAGGCACAUUCUGCAUCGCUGGACAAAUACGAUUGAAAAUGUCGCUCGUGAUUCCAGAGAAAUUCCAGCACAUUCUCCGUGUGCUCAGCACCAACAUCGAUGGUAAGCGUACGGUACCGACCGCACUGACUGCCAUCAAGGGUGUCGGUCGUCGUUAUGCCCACGUCGUCCUGAAGAAGGCUGACGUCGAUCCGUUCAAGCGUGCCGGCGAGUGUUCGGAUGAGGAGGUAGAGAAGAUUAUCACCAUCAUCUCGAACCCUCGGCAGUACAAAAUCCCUGACUGGUUCCUGAACAGACAGAAGGAUAUCGUCGACGGUAAAUUCAUGCAGCUGACGUCGUCCAACAUCGACUCGAAGCUCCGUGAGGAUUUGGAGCGGCUGAAGCGUAUCCAUGCUCAUCGUGGUAUGCGUCACUACUGGGGUCUGCGUGUCCGUGGUCAGCACACCAAGACUACCGGUCGUCGUGGUCGUACUGUCGGUGUGUCGAAGAAGAAGUAAGCAUCUAAGUGAACGAACGGUUAUUUUCUAAUCCUUCGCGAUAUGUGUGAUGUGAAGAGGGAGGAGG